UUUUUUUCCCUUGUUGGUCCUUGGUAUUUCUUUUGUAAAUCAAGCAGGGAAAAUUUUAAAAUAUUUCUAGGGAUGGAUACUGUUUUUAUUUUAACUUGUUUCUUAUUGUUUGUCUGUUGACAGGGAGAAUUAUAUCUACCUUAGAAGACCUCUUUCUACUCUUGGAAAUCUUUAUUUAAUCUUAAUUACCUUUAAAAAAUCAUAAAAGUAAAACUUGUUUGUAGUAAAAAAAAAAAAAAAAAAUUAUUUUCCCAAACAGUACUGGUUCGUUCCUCCCUCCCCAAACUGCACCGUAAUGUAUGACAACAACAAAAAAACCCUAAUUCAUUGCCGUCGAGUCGAUUCUGACUCGUAGUGACCCUAUAGGACAGAAUAGAACUGCCCCAUAGGAUGUACAAGGAGCACCUGGUGGAUUCAAACUGCCGACCUUUUGGGCUAGCAGCUGUAGUGCUUAACCACCUCACCACCAUGGUUUCUGAAAUAUAUAACACAGAUAGUCCAAGUCCCUUUUCCCUACUCUUAACAGUGCUUUCCAGAUAUAACCAUUUUUAACAGUUUGGUGUAUAUCCUUCCAAAUACUUUACGUCUGUCUAAACCUUUUUAUAAACCACAAAUGAGAUCAUACUUUACAUCUUCCCAUGUUAAGCUCAUAAAAAUCUACCUUUUCUUUCUUUAAAAAAAUAUUUUGCUGCAUUUGUUUUCUUUUUCUUUUUGCUGAAGUAUUUUCAAGUGUAUUACAAUCAUCAUGGCAUUUCACCUCUAAAUACUUCGGUGUACGUCUGUGAAAAACGAGGUUGUUCCUGAUACAACUGCAAUCCAUCACACCUAACCAAAUGAAUACUUCCUUUGUGUCACCUGGAGCCUUGGUGGCUGCUGACCAAAAGGUGGGCAGUUUGAAUCUACCAGCCUCUCCUUGGAGCAGGGACAGUUCCGCUUUGUCCUGUAGGGUCGCAAUGAGUCGCAAUUGACUCGACGGCAACGGGUUAAUGACUUUAGGAUCAUCUAAUAUAUCCACUCCAUAUUCAGAUUACUUUAAUUGCCCCCAGAAUAUUUUACGGUUGGUGUAUUCAAACUGAGUUCCAUUUGUGCUUAUUCUUUUCAACAGCUACACAGAGAGUUACUUGGCAGAACUAGAAGUAAUUUAGGCAGUCCUUUUACAAAUGGAUACUUAAGAUGUUUGCAAUUUUUAACAAUAAAAAAAAUAUAUAAACAAUGCUGGAAAUAAUGUUUUUGUACCUACCCCUUCGCUUUCUUAUCUGAUUAUUUCCUUAGGAUUAAUUUCUAGAAAUCGAACAGUAGAGUCAGGAGGUGUGCAUAUAUAGAUCUUUGAUACAUUUUACCAGAUUGCUUUUUGGGUAUGUGUUGUGCUAAUUAAUCUCUUAUCUGUGUAUGGAAAGUGCCCUUUUCUCACAUUCUUGCCAGCACUAAGCAUUAUCAGAAAAUAUCACAUUGUUUUAUAUAUGUAUAUAUAUACACAUAUAUAUAUAUAUAUAAAAUUUUUAUUUUAGUUAAGGCCAAGUGUCUUUUCUGAUAUAUGUGGUCAUUUGAAUUUAAGAGGCUGUUAGUUCAUUUCUUAACAUUCUCUUCUUCAGAUGAAGCAAAAAAUAUUCCUUUAUUUUGUCUUACUGGACCUGCUUUCUAUCCAUAUGAUUUGGACUUUUUUUUUAGUUUCUUCACUUUGUGUUUUCAAGUGUGGAAACCAAGUUUGGACAUAAUAUUUUAUCAAAGCCUCACUAGUGUUUUUUAUCCUGUGGUAGUAUUGGGGAGGACAGUUUGUCAUUUAUAAAUAAUUGAAAAUUUCAUUACGCUUUGUUUCCUAGAUAGUUUUGCCAUAUAAUCCACAAGGGUACGUUGAUCUAGAAAGUGGAAAAUGCAGUUUGUUUUUUUUUUCAAGUUUGUAGUAGUACAUUUCAUUGUCUUCAUCAGUAAAAUGGUGAUAUAAUAACAGUACCUACCUCAAAGGAUUGUUGUGAGGAUUUUCAUGAAUUAAUACAUAGAAAACGCUUAAGUUAGUGUCUAGAACUUAAUAGAUCCUUAGUAUGUAUUAACUAUUAAUCUUAAUGGUGAUAGCACUAUCUUUUCUUAGGCUCUAGCUCUGUGACCACAGUAUUUGUUUCUGUCUCCUUGAAAGGGUUAUGUGAAUAAAUGCUAGUACUGUACAUACAGUUAGUCUUUGAUGACUUGAAGUGGACAUAUGAAAAGAAUAUGCCAAAAAAAAUCAGGAAACCAUUUUUAUAUUCAGUUAAUUCAGCAAAAUAGCAUCUACUAUUUGCCAAACACCAAGCAUACCAAGGUGAAUAGUGCACAGUCUCUGCUCUGAAGGAGUUCACGGUAAGGUUUCUGAGAUAGGUAAACAGCUUUUGGAGCAUAAAGCUUUAAAACUUUUGUCAGUCGUCCUCUAAUUUCUCUUGCUUUUCCUGAAUGUGUUUUUACGUGAGCACAACCUCUCAAAGUGUUUCAUUUUGAAUUGGUGAAUAAACAAAUGUUUAGUCUUACUAAUAUUAAGCACAAAUUAAAGCAGUUCUUUUAUCUUCUGAGCCUCAGUUUAUCCAUCUGUUAAGUGGUGAUAAUUACUGAGCAAAUCGUGAGAAUGUGUUGUAAUGUCCCUAAUAAAAGCUAUUUAAUUAUAUUUAUGUUUAUAAAUUCCUAAAUCUGCUAAAACAGUUUUGAGGCUAUUAAGAGUAGCCCAUAUAUCUUAUGGUUGUUAUGUUAUAAUAAGGAAAAUGUCAAGUUUGAUUACUUCUGCAAAAAAAGGUCAGUUUGUUGAGGAUACCCCACUGCAAUGAGGAUACGUAGUUGAUAUUAAAGUUAGGAAAUAUGUAGUCCACCUUUGUUUGCUUUUCAGUAUUUAGAUUUGGAAAAGAUAGUAUAAACAGAUGUUCUGCCAUGUGAUUUAGGCACCAUCUCUCUGAAAUUAAAAUAUUUGUAGAAUACUUUUUAUGGCUCAGGUGACAUGUUGGAUGUUGGAGUGGCAGAUAGGAUAAGGUCUGUGCCCCUCAAGCAGUUUACAGUAUAGUGAAAUCAGACUCAUGGUACAAUAUGAUAAAUGUUGUAGCAAUGAUACAAACAAUAUUGAGAGGGAAGUGAUUAAUUCCACAUGGGAAUGCCCAUUUCAGAAAGCUUUUCAGAGGAGGUUGUUUCCAGUACUUUAAAGAGAAUUUGGACCUUUGAUUAGGGGCAGUUUCACCACCAGAGAGGCUGUUUAUUUAAAACCUGUAUAAUAUGAAAGGGUUAGACUUUAUAUAAAACAGAGAGAGCGACUUGGAUUGUGGUUCUAAUUUUAUUUUUAAUAAGUUUCCUUACUUUAUGUUUACUUUGAAUUUUAAUAUUUUUUAAAUUAUAAAAUAAUACACAGUUAUAAAAUACUCUGACAGUUCAAAAGUGUAUCAAGUAAAAGUCAGUGUCCCCACUCUCCAUGUGAAUAAGCAAUUACUUGUAAAUAAACUUGGACUUUAAGUACCUUAUAUUCUGGGCAUUUAUUCUUUCUGUUUAAACGGGGAAAAGUAAAUUUCCCUUUUUAGGAAAAGUACUCAAGAGCAAUGAAGGUUUUCUCGCAACUGUGAAAUGGAAGUUAACUGUAGUGAAUUUCAGGAAGUACAUUGAUCAGUUAGAUUGCCGUGUCCUGUAGGGCUUUUUAAGGAUUUAUUGACCCACUUCAUCAAGAUAUUUGAGAGAGUAUUCAGGGAAACCUACAAAAUUCUACAGUUCGUUUCCCUUCCUUAUAAAUUCAAGCCUGGUCAGAAAUUACAGCUUGAGUGGGAUGUCCCUCCACAGAACUCAAAAAUGCCCACUAUCUAUCAUGUUACUUAGUGUGGCAGUAUUGUAAAACGUUAAGGAUUUUUUUCUUUUUGUUUCUUUCUGUGAGGGGGCUCACCUAACAUAUAUUUUAUGUGUCUCUUCGUCUCUCCCUUAUUUCGACUUUCACUUACUCCCCCAAUUCCCCACAUCAUUCUCUUAGGAGAAAAAAAUAAGUUUUGUCCUCUGAGUCCUCUUUCUUAUUUGAUUUAAUAUGUCUUGGGUUGAAUGUUUCUCACAAAAACACUCUGUAUUCAGAAUUAGCCUAUCAAACUGUUUCCUCCACAGGCUCUUCCAUAGAUUGAGCUCUUUCUACUGUGGUGCCCUCCUGGGUAGGAAAACCUAAGUCUCCUUUUGGCUUAAAAAAACCCCGAAGCCCACCACUGUCUAGUUGAUUCCAACUCAUAGCGACCGUAUAGGACAGAGUAGAACUGCUCCACAGGGUUUCCAAAGUUGUAAUCUUUACAGAAGCAGAUGGCCACAUCUUUCUCCCUAGGAGUGGCUGGUGGAUUCGAACUGCUGGCCUUUUGGUUAGCAGCCAAGCACUUAACUGCUGUGCUACCAGGGCUCCUUGCUUUUGGCUUAGCCUUCAUGAUUUUAGAAUCUAAGUCCCUAUGCUCUGCUUUGAAACCAUAGUUCUCAUAAUAGCACACCCAUUUGUCUAAUUCUGUAAAUAUAUGUAUACGUACACACACACACCUGUAUGUAUGUAUGUUGUUGUUAUGUGCCAUCGAGUCAGUUCCGACUCAUAGUGACCCGAUGCACAACAGGAGGAAACACUGCCUGGUCCUGCACCAUCCUUACAAUCGUUGUUAUGCUUGAGCUCAUUGUUGCAGCCAGUGUGUCAGUCCACCUCGUUGAGGGUCUUCCUCUUUUCCGCUGACCCUUCUUUGCCAAGCAUGAUAUCCUUCUCCAGGGACUGAUCCCUCUUGACAACAUGUCCAAAGUAUGUAAGACGCAGUCUCCCCAUUCUUGCUUCUAAAGAGCAUUCUCGUUGCACUUCUUCCAAGACAGAUUUGCUCAUUCUUUUGGCAGUACAUGGUAUAUUCAAUAUUCUUCGGCAGUAUGUAUGUAUACAUAUAUGUGUAUAUAAAAAUUAUAGUUGUACGUACGUUGGAAAUGAUAGAGACUCAUUCAAAUGGUUGGUGUUAAGGAAUUUGUAACCUGCAGUACUUUCUCACUGGUAAUGCCAUUCUGCUUGGGGAAUAUAGAACAAGCCCAAACAGUAAUACUGACAGAAUCCCGAAUUAUGAUACAGUGGAGCCUUCACGUAAUUCUUUGUUGAAGAAGUUAGGGCCUAAAUGUUAAGGCUUAUUGUUAUUCUGAGUUGAUAAUCUCUGCCUUGCUUUAAUAAUUUUUCCUCAUGCCUGGGUAGCCCGCGAGUUGCACAAUAAUCACUCACACAGCUUUGUAAUCAAUGCCCAAAGUAAUAGGAUUCCUCUGGCCACCGGCAAUUAAUAAAUUUGUGUCUUUUUUAAAACACUAGCAAGUCGGGCCUGAAAUACGACUGACUGGCUCUCCUCAUUUGCAUAUUUAUUGCAGUGGAAAAAUUCUUACCAGAUGAUUGAUGCUGAGCCUGCCUCUUGAAUUCCAAGCAGCACAUUAUUAUGAAAUGAAAAAUGCCGGCCAUACAGUUGAUUAAAGUUGAAGACAGUGGAAUCGGUGUUUUUUAAGAUUGUGGGAGAAUUAAAGGCAUAUUUUAAUAGAUGUUGACAAGAAGUGAACUAACAAAAGCAAAGCAAAGGAUUUGCUUGAAAAGAUUUAAUCAAACGUCUUUCUUGGGGAUUAAUUGCCGGGGAUGACUAGUGCAAGUGGCAGGCUUGUGUGGAUUUGAAUGAAAAGUAUUGUUCUCAGGCCAACAUAUUGUAUGUCAUUUUGACCUAUAGUUUAGCUCUAGUUCUAGAGUUACUUUUGAAGGAGAAAAAAAUUCUUUUGUAAUCUGUGCAUUCCAGUUCAUUGUAUUUAUCUGGGUUAAUGGAAAUGUGGGAAUUUAUGCAUACUUGUUUUUGUAUAUAAAUAAUUUGAUGUGUGUGUAUUUAUUUAAAAAUAAAUAUAGAUAUUUUUAAACUGAUUAAGCUUUAUUUUACUUUACACACUUACUCUUCCCAUUCUUGUUCCAUCCCAUUGCCAGAAAUUUUAUCGUUGGUUUAUAAUCUUACUAAUGAACUGUGUGCCUAUGUCCAAACUUAUCCUCUGCCUACAAUUUUGUUUAUGUUGGACGGCCUAGGUGAAUCAGGAGAAAAAAUAAAGCUGUUAGGUGGAAAUGGUUUUUAGAUUGGUGACAUUUUAUAUAUAGAAUGCUUGCAUAUGGGUAGCAUGUAAAUGAAUACUUAAUAAAGGAAUCUAUGAAUACUAGUCCAAUCCUAGCAUUGUAGAUCGGUACAAGCAGAGCUUACCAGACUUUUACUAUGUGAAAGAUGAUGCUUUUUUCAGAGUGAUAUACCUUCUGUUUCUAUAUAGCAUUUUUUCCUUUUUAAAAUAAUAUACAAUAACGUAUUUAUUAUUUUUCACCUUAAUUCUGUGAGAUAAGCAGGCAAAGGAUUAUCUACAUUUUAUAGGUAAGAAAAUUGAGACUCAAUGAAAUUGGUCCACUCAGGAUAACAUGACUAGUUGGUGAUUGUGUGAGUUAGAAUACAGGGCUCUUGACCCUUAGUAAAGUACUCUUUCCAUUUAUCCUUUACUCAGAAAAUUAUUCCUAAAGCUGGUGGCCAGAUGCUUAAGUAGGCUCUUGGUAAUAGGGCGAGGCAUAUGUCCUUAAGGGAAAGGCCUCUGGAAAUGGACCAUGUAGGACAAGAUAAACAUAUAUCCUUGACGGUCUCCAUUUGUUUUGUCGCCAGGUGCCAAGAGGGAGAGAGAAGAAAGUAUAUGCAUCUUUGCUGCUUUUCUUAACUCUUACAAUCAUUGAAAAAAAAAAAAUGAGAGGUGAAUUAGAAACUGUUGAUUCCAUCUCUUUAUUAUUCAUAGGAUUGAACAAACGAAAUCCAGCUCUCCAUGGAUAAUAAAGAGGUUUCUUUUUGCUGGGGAGAAGAACGCACUGUUCGAUUUGAACCUCCAGGAAGUCUUUCCUCAGUCUUGUCAGCUAUGGCUUUGGGGCAGCCUACCACCUCCAGCAAAGAAUUUACCAUUGUACUAUUUACUGGAAGAAAAUGUGGCCCAGGUCACAAGGCACUUAAAGCAUUGUUGAGGUCGUUGGUGGAUCUUCAGGAAGAGCUGCUUUUCCAGUACCCAGACACUAGAUACCUGGUAGAUGGCACAAAACCCAAAGCAGAAAGUGAGGAGGAGAUUUCUAGUGAAGAUGAUGAACUGGUCAAGGAGAAGCAGCAAAGAAGGGCCCCACCAAAGAGGAAACUGGAGAUGGACGACUAUCCUAGCUUCAUGGCAAAGCGCUUUGCUGACUUUACCGUCUACAGGAACCGCACACUUCAGAAGUGGCAUGACAAAACCAAGCUGGCUUCUGGAAAACUGGGGAAGGGUUUUGGUGCCUUUGAACGCUCAAUCUUGACUCAGAUCGAUCAUAUUCUGAUGGACAAAGAAAGAUUACUCCGAAGGACACAGACCAAGCGCUCUGUCUACCGAGUUCUUGGCAGACCUGAACUGACAGCUCAGCCUGUCCCUGAGAGUUUGCCAGGACAACCGGAGACCCUUCCUCAGGCCCCUGCCAAUGCUCACCUGAAGGACUUGGAUGAAGAAAUCUUUGAUGAUGAUGACUUUUACCACCAGCUCCUUCGAGAACUCAUAGAACGGAAGACCAGCUCCUUGGAUCCCAAUGAUCAGGUGGCCAUGGGAAGGCAGUGGCUUGCAAUCCAGAAGUUACGAAGCAAAAUCCACAAGAAAGUAGAUAGGAAAGCCAGCAAAGGAAGAAAACUUAGGUUUCAUGUCCUUAGCAAGCUGCUGAGCUUCAUGGCACCUAUUGACCAUACUGCAAUGAAUGAUGAUGCCAGGUGCUUUGACCUUGCCUGCAGCGUCGGCACCAAAUCUAGCACCGGUCUGGGUUUGCGGAAAAGCUCGGUACUCCCUACACCUCGGCCUUCAUAUGGCGUGCGCCAGGACUUUGCAAGGAGGAAGUACACACAGAUAUUUUUAAGGAAUCCAUUUCCAGAUAUAUGCUCUUUCGUAAAAUUGGUCUGCUCGAGGAUGGGCCAUGCUGGAGACGCAGGUGCUCCUCUUAGCGCGUCUCUUGGGGGCCCCUGUGCCUACUCUUUUUUUCUCUCUCUCUUUUUUAUCGUGCUUCAAGUGAAAGUUUACAAUUCAAGUCAGUUUCUCAUACAAAAACUUACACAUUGUUAUGUGACCCUAGUUGCUCUCCUUAUAAUGUGACAUCACGCUCCUCCUCUCUACCCUGUAUUUCCCACAUCCAUUCAACCAGCUCCUGUCUGCCUCUGCCUUCUCGUCUCACCUCCGGACAGGAGCUGCCUACGUAGUCUCAUGUGCCUACUUGAGCUAAGAGGCACACUCCUCACCAGUAUCAUUUUAUUAGUCCAGUCUAAUCUUUGUCUGAAGAGUUGGCUUUAGGAAUGGUCUUAGUUUUGGGCUAACAGAGAGUCCGGGGACCAUGUCCUUUGGGGUCCCUCCAGUCUCAGUCAGACCAUUAAGUCUGGUCUUUUUGCUAGAAUUUGAGUUCGGCACCCCCCGGUUCUCCUGCUCCAUCAGGGAUUCUCUGCUGUGUUCCCUGUCAGGGCAGUCAUUGGUGGUAGCCGGGCACCAUCUGGUUCUUCCAUCCUGCACACAUUCAUAACCUGCUGUGGGACAUUCUCCUGGAAUGGGCAGACCUCAGGGCACCAAAUACAGGGACGGUUGGAAAUAUUGGUGCAGGGACCAAGAAAGGAAAUGGCUAAGGACUGGAUAACAAACCCCUUGCAGGUCAGGUGAUUUCUGGGUCUUUAUUUUCAACAAAAUUGCAGGAGAACCUAAUUGAAUUGUCACCAAUAAUUUUUGGUGGUAGAUCACCAUAUGAUUUCUUUGACAUGUGAUUCAGAAAGAAUUGAAAGAAAUGAGUGGCAUUGCUGUAACAAAACUCUUCUGUUCCCAUCUACUUAUUUAGGUGAGCAAGGUUUCUUAGCACUUAUAGCUGCAAAAAACAAGAAGUAGGAAUAAAAUUGAUAUUGAACUUUCUUUCAAAAGUAAUACUCAUCUGUGGAUAUGUAAGCAAGUGGGGAGGGGGAAACAUUAAUUUCAUUAAGAGAUGCAUUUCCAAUAACAUUUUUUACAUAUUUAUGUAUAUUAAAUUUUUACUAAAGUUAUAAUACGUUAUAGUCUUUUAUAUAUAUAUAUAAUCCUGAUAAUAGUUAUAAUGAUAACCCAAUCCAGAAGUUGUUUUUUUUUUUUUUUCAAUAGAGCAUUAUGGUUUCAAGAAAUUAAAAUUUUUUAUUUUGGUUUUUUAAAUUUCAAAAAGUGUUUCUAGCUUCACACACUUAUUUUUGUGGUCAACAGGUACGAGAGGGUGAUCAAUAAAAGACUUUCAAGCAGAACACACUUAUAUUAGGACAAAAUUCUGUAGGGAAAAGUCAGAUGAAAAUACAAAUUAAAAAGAAAAAGGUGAUGUAAAAUUCUCAGCACUUUAAGAACGUACUGAUAUGUUAUUUAAAUGAAGGGUGAUAUGUAUCAAACCUGUAGAUGCCGUUGGGUGCAUAUAAAAGGAAUGUACAAAGUUUUAUUGUAAAAGUUAAUAGUCACAACAUUCUGGCAAUUAUGGAGCCCUGGUGGCGUAAUGGUUAAGAGCUAAACUGCUAACUAAAAGGUUUGCAGUUUGAAUCUACUAGCCACUCCUUGGAAAUCAUAUGGGCCAGUUCUACUCUGUCCUGUAUGGUCCCUAUGAGUUGGAAUCGAAUUGAUGGCAAUGAGUCUGGUAAUUAUGUUCUUUGUGACAAUUUACAUUUAAUGUGUAAAUUUUAUAUGUUAACUUUAAAAUUUGUGAGGGUGGUGCAUGGUUUUGUACAGUUCUUUUAGAGGGUGUAUAAGCAGAGAGAAUUCACCCUAGACUCUAUCUACCCUGUGGCUGUUUU